AUGAUAAAAUCUGGUUCACCAACAAUAUUUUUCAAAGCACAGCCAUCCAAAAAAGAAACAGGUCAAUCUAAUGGUGGUGUUAAUGUAUCAAAGCUAUUUGCAUCUGUUGCUGACCAUAUAUCUUUCUCACAAGUGACAUUACGUUUUCUAAAUAUGGGUUAUCGGUAUUUUUUAUCUGUCUCUGGUUGCCAUCUUCGAACUUCUUGUUCAAACUCCAACCAAUUCAUGAUCUCAUCAGGGAAAUGCUGUUCAGUAGAUUCAAUAGUUGAGUUUGAUUUAUCACGUAAAUCAAGGUAG